CGAUAUGGGAUAUUCCAGAGAUCUUAGAAAAAGCAGUUGAUAUUGCCGUCAAAUGCAUUAAAAGCGUGAACCAGGAAGGCGAAGUAAAAAGCCUAUCAUCUGAUGAAAUCGUCAAAGAUUUAACGCGCAUUUGUAAGAAUGAGUCAGUUACGAAAUGGAAUGAGUCAGUUACGAAACGGGAAACAGCAGAUAACGGUCGUUGCGAUAUAUGCUUGGUGAAUAACGCCAUAAAAGGUGAAUUGAAUGUUCAUCUCGCGGAUUCCACCAAUCUCUGUAAGCAACCGAUCCGAACGUGCUUUUCAUGCAUGAGGAACUCGUACAUCAAUCCAGUCCAGUGUUACACGUGUGGGAAGACUGUUGAACCCUUCAUAAAUGACAAAUGGGGCGCCAUCUUAGUGGCAGGUUAUGACGAAAAAGAUGGACCGGUUUGGAGGAAGGAAAUAGAUACAUUUAAGGACGUUAUUACUUCGAAGGUCGUGCCUGCAAUGUGCAUAAGUUCAGACAAUGUGAUUGUGAUCGGUUCGGGUGCGGGUCAAAAGCACACGUUUAAAAGUCAAAUAGAUGACGCAUUUGCUCGACUCAUGGUCAAAAACAUCCGGACGUUGCUGUUUGUGUACUCUGGACACAAGGAUGACAGUUUUCAAGUUGGUCGAGACGAGAAUUAUUCAUUGAAGUCAUUAAACGAAAAACUUAACGAAUGGAAUAGUAAAGAUUCUGCGUUUGAAAAAGUGAUUGCGUUUCUUGACUGUUGCUACUCCGAAAAGUUGGACUUGAAAAAUACUCUGAAGCUCAUUCAGUUCAACGCAACAUCUCCAAAUGACACUGCCAGUGCUAAUGAAAAAGAUGGAAGUCCAUUUUUGAAGUACAUUAGGCAAGCCUUAACAGGUCUCGCUAAUGGGGACAGAUGCACAUACAAGAAUGGAAUGUGCGAAUGCCUUAAGCUCCUUUCAGAAGACGUUAUUACUCUUGAAGAUUUGUCGAAAUAUCUAAACGCACAUUCAACAACUGAAUACUGUCCACACAUGAAUACCAGUAACAUAAAGUUACAAGACACAAUAUUAGCCUAUAAUUAUCAAUAUGAAGUGAUGUUCGAAUUUAAAUUAAACUUUCCUGGAAUGAUUGAACAUUCACCGAGUAUUUAUAUCCGCCCAAGAGAGUUCAAUAAUUUCGGACAAUUAAAACUAAAAUUGGCUACAGAAGUUAUGAAAAGUGUGAAUGUCUUGGAUCCAGAUAAAGACAUAAAUGUGUCAAAGUUUGCUACUACCUUGAGUAUAGAGAUCAAUACAGGACCAAGGGCCAAGCACAUUCAAGAGAUAGACUCCGUAGAAAAGCUGGUGUCAGCUUGGAACUCGAAGCGGCUGUUGCGAUGCACACUACGUCCAUUACAGAAUAUGGGCCUGGGUAAACCUGUAGGGCGGUGCUUGAAGAACGUUCCAGACAUCCGAGUUGUCCAUAAAGCUGUUCUCCAGAAAUGCAAAAUAACGGAGUAUCCUUUGACGAAGUCUGACCUUCUGAAGUAUGCAGACCUAUUGAUCAAGACAGAAAAGAACGCUACAGGACAUUUGAAAGAAUAUUCAGAGUUUUUGGACAUGCUUAGUUAUCUACAGAAAGAGCAGGAAGGAGACGUUCGUUUCGACAUUUCAUUCUUUGACCUCCCAAAUAGCUACACCGUUGCCUCCAUGAGCAUUGUACAGACAACCGGUGUCACAGAAAGCAUGCAGGAGUAGUAAUGAUGUCCUUGUCGCAUUGGGUUUGGUCAUGAAAUGUGGUGUGUGAUGUAUUUCAUAAGAAUUGCAAUUGGACUUUAAUGAUGCACAUUGAAGGAAUAAUAGCGUUGAGACCAUAACUCAAGUAUAACGAGUAUUAAGUUAUUGAUAUUGCUUGAGCUCGCGUUUGAAAUGAACCCCCUUUGCUCUCUUACCUGUUCAUAACUUGCUCAGAUGAGUUUUUGUGAUUAACCUUUUUUGUUCCGUGGUCAACAUGUACCUUGUGAAUGUUUUAUAGGCUAAAUUUAUUGCACAUUCUUAUUGAUCAGAACCUGCGUCUUAAUGGUUUACCCUAAGUUCAAAACGUUUGAACGCAUGCAUUUGCAAUUGUUUUCCUAUUCACCAUGAAAUUAACGCAAAACAUUUAUUUUAAUAAUAACUUAGUUUUUAAAAGGUUCCGGUCCGAGGAAGUUUUCCUGAAAUGGCCAUAGCAAAUGCUUAAUAGAAGAAACAUGUUUCGAUCACCUGAGGACCAAGUACUCCUGAUGAACCGUAUGAGUGCUUGUGAUUUUGCAAAUUUGAUAGUGAACUAUGCUCAAAUCCGUGGUUCUGCCUCUGGGAAAUCGUUUUGCUGAUAUUAAGAAGCAGGAUAGUUUUUGAGAAAAUACAUGUCAACGAUCUGAAUUUAAUUAAUUUAAAUUAUUACAUGUAUUGUCUUAAAUUAACAUAAAUACUCAAAAUCUACGAAUAUCUCGCAAAAUACUUCAUAAAAUAACGUUACACCCCCCCCCCUAAAAAAAAACAAAAAACAACAACAUUGUUCCACAUUUUGUUUCUUGUUUAAUCUAUGUUACCAGACCUCAUCUAGCGUUGAAAUAUUGGCUAUUGCUAUACGGGACAUUUAUUUUUUAUGUGUUAACUUUUUUUCAAAAUAUUUUACGAAAUUUUCGUUGGUUUUGUGUGUUUAUGGGCUUUUAAUGCAUUCAUCAGAAUAUUCACCGAUUAAAUACAAACAUAUUUGUGAAAGAUGACUCUUAUGAUGGUGAUGAGGAUUCUUGGUGAUGAUUUCUGAUUGACAGAAACAAACAUGUUUCAUCACAUCUGAUUUCCGUUAAUUGCAUAGUCUCAAAUUUAGCAAAUGACCAUUAUUUUUUUAUGAAAAUAAUUUAGCGGAGAAACAACUGUUAAUUACUUAAUUGUGUCUAACCUCAAAUCCUCAUUUCGUGGUUCUUUGGGUUCUAUUCUGUGAUCAGCAUCAGUAUGAAAUAAACUCACAGAUAGCUUUCUGCAAUACUCAAUAUGUUGAGGCAGUUAUGCAUAUGCUUGUGCCUGUCAUAUGAUAUUGUAUAACAUAAAGCAACAUCUCUAUUAUCUGAUUGCUGGAUUUUCAUUUUUGCCGAAUAAACAAAUCAUCAUUCGCAAGGAACUUCAUAAACGUUAGAUAGAUUUAACUUAAUUGGUUUUAAUAAAUUUGGGACUUUUGAGAUUUAACAUGUACAAAAGCCCAUGGACCAGUUUUAACAUUAAAGUUUAUACUAUAAUAUUAAAAGUGAUUAAUUAGGUUUAUUGGCUAUAAAUUAGGUAUAUUAUUCUAAUGAAACGGCCAGUAUUUGCAUGUAUGGUGUAUGUAUGUAAUGGCUCUGCUUUUAUAAUAUUUUCUUAAAACCUUUAAGUAUCAUUUUAAUAAAAUGGUCAGCCUUUACAAAUGCAGCUUUAGCCUGCAUGAUACCGGGGUUAAUUGUGCAAAGGCUUGGAAAUGUGGUUGUUAAAUACUUGUUACCCCAUUUUAUAAAGCAUACAUGUACCAUUGCGACUAUCUAGCAGUUGCAUGUAUUGCAAAACAUCGAUCUAGGGGAGGGAGGGGGCUGGGUAGUUGUUGUCAUCUGGUUAUACUAAAACCUCGUUCACAUUCUUGCAUUCACCUGUUUGUUCAAUCGUCAUUAUACAUGCUCAUAACAUUAUUUUUCGAGUGAUUUCUUUAGAUCAGAAUAAACUUUAUCAGAACAUCAUUCUUGUUCUAAUGACAUCACAGGCGAGAUUAAAUGCUUCUAGAUAAAUAAAAGCUCACAAGCCACAUUUAUUACAGUAACAUCACAUGUUUGCCCUAUGAUUGUGCAAACUUGCUCAGAACGUUUGUUCGAAAACGGCUCCACUUGAAAAACAUUGCCUCAAGGAGACCGACAGUUUUCCUAAUUGUAUUGAUCUUUGUUUACACUCUCGAAGACACUCUUUGUCCAAGCAACUUGCCCUGACCAUUUGUUCUAAUGAUAUUUAAGUCAAUUUGAAAUUGUUGAAAAAAAAAUCGCCAGGUUUGUCAUAGCCAUAGUAAAACCACGUGAACACUCUAGAAGUCCCUAAUUUUUUCAAUGUUUAUAAAUCUUGAACAGAACAUUUGUUGAAUGAUAAUUUUGCCGAGUUUGAAAAUGAUAUCGUUCCGUUAUAGAAACAGCAGGGUUGUUUGGUGGCAAUUUUCCUUUCAUGGCAAUUGUACGACUAAGGCAGCUCAGAACAGUAACGUUAACAUGGGUAUCAGACCGGAGCGUUAGGGCAUUUAGACCUUAUCUUACAUUUUACGCAGUACAAAGGUUUUGCGAGAGUCUCCGUUCGCUCGAUCUAUUCGUUUAGUAUAAAAGACCUUACUUCAAUGUACUUGUUUUGCGUUAUGUUGUGUUUGUGUCGGGUAUGUGAACUAACUGCAAUACAAGGCCAGAUUUAUAAUCAGUAAUCUCCCGAAUUCCAUUAAAUAUACUGCACUGUAUUUUGAUCAAUAAUAAGAGGUCAGCCUACACGAUCCGUCAUAUUUCUUUUAAAACAACUGCUUACUUCACGUGUACUUUUCUUUGUGCUGUAUUUAAGAAAAACGUUGGUAGUUAAAAUAUCUUAAGAUAUAUUGUAUAAAGAAAAGAACUUCAAUAAGUGCAUUUGUCUUCGCAGAGACUCGACAUUUUAUUAUUUGAGAUGAACAAAAAAAUAAUACGUUCCUCCUUUGGACUCAUUCAUUAUCGACGCUGUAUAACUAGUUCACAUUAUAUUCAAAAUUUGUAUGUAAACAUUUUAAACGUACUUCUAAUCUUAACCGUUUUGAUUUGUGCCAUAUCUUUGUCAGCAAUUACACUUGGUUAUAUUAACAUAGAUUAUGCUUUUUGUCGAAAAUGACAACCUAUGCUUGAACGCGUUUGCGAUGUUCUUUGCAUUAUAUUAAAAUUGCGUUUUCCUUUUUCAUAGUUUGAAGCGCCUCUUAUGAAUUUCAUUUUAUGUAAAUACUUCGUACUUAUUUGUGUCUUUCGACACUAAGGGUAUGAUGCGUUUUUGUGUUUAUAAUGCUCUUCCGCGUCUAAUAUGUUACACGCCAUAUAAUAAGAGUUAAUAUUAAUGGCAAAACCAUUUAUUUCUACUAAAAUAGUUUCAUUUGAUAUAUUUUCAUCAACUGUUUGUUUUUAAUUUCAAUGUAUAUGUAAGUAUUUGUUAAAGGUAUACAUGAAUGUAAAUGCAUGUGUACAUAUUUGAACAUAUAUAGAUGAAAUGUAAAUUAUGGUGUGACCCAUUAUCAUUGGGUCGUUUUUUCAUCAUAGAUAUUUGAUACUAUUAACUCACUACUAUACUGGGCUCACUAUGUUUUUAAAAUCAAGAUUUGAGAAGUAUCAAUGAAAAUAUUGAGUACACAUAUUGACAUACUGUUAUGCUGGGGUUGAUUUUUUACGCCUACGAUGUUAAUUAACACGGAGCCCUGUUUAAGCUUUUCACGAUACUCCAACCUAGGUAGUACGAAAUAAUUCGAAAUACUUCAACAUAUUAUUCAAUAUAAUUGUAUAUGUUGAAACAAAUGAAAAUGAACAAUUUUCAUUGUUCAAUUGUAUUAUUGUGUUAGUUUAUGAAGUAAAAUAAUCAUCUUUUUAUUCGUUAAUUUGGACAUGUACGAAUUUUUGGCAUGACGUAUACAUGUAAAAAAGUUAAAUUAAAUUUGCAAAUGCUAUUUAUUGCUCUCUUGAUAAGUUCAGAUGGAUUACACCCACAUUUUUGCAUGCUAUAUCAUUCAUUGAUAACUGAUUGCGACGAAUUAUAAUCGUUGGGUAUAUGUAAACAUCUUCUCUCGACUGUAUUUGUUUUGACGGUGGGCUUUUCAACCAUCAUUACAAUCUUGGACCAUUGUACACGACUUUGUUAUAUUGAGAAAUUCGAUAAGCGGCCAUAAUUGUAAAAGCUGUUUUUUUUAAGUUUAAAUCAGCCGCAUGACAUUGAAUGUUCAGUGUUAUUAUACCUCCACAAACGAAGUUUAGGGGGGUAUAUAGGAGUUAGCUUGUCUAUCGGUCUGUCUGUCGGUCGGUCGGUCCGUAUUAAGUGUCCGCACUCUAAUUCAAGUUGUUUUCAUCCGAUUAUACCAAACUUGGUCAGAUGUUGUAUCUAGAUGAUAUCUAGGUAAAGUUCAAAUAUGGGUCAAACCGGGUCAAAAACUAGGUCACGGGUCACUUAGUGCGUAUAAAAACAUUGAAAAUGGUGUCCGCUCUUUAAAUCAAGUAGUUUUCAUCCGAGUUUCACCAAACUUGGUCAGAAGUUGUAUCUAGAUGAUGUCUUGGCCAAGUUCGAACAUGGGUCAUGGCCGGUCAAAAUCUAGGUCACGGGGUCACGAUUUAAACAUUAAGCAUUGUGUCCGCUGUUUUGUGAAGACAACAUGCAAAAUAUUCUGUGCCAACGCGGCUUGUGGGGGUAUUCGUCACGUUUGUGACAAAGCUAUAGUUUACAUUGUUUACAUUGUUCUUCAGACGAAAUACCAUAUAUUGUAACGUAGUUUUGUCCUGUUGGCAUUGUUGUAGUUUCAAUGUACGUAAUUUUGUAAUCCAAUUACCAAAUAGAAACGAAGACAUUGGAUCAUACUUGAUCUAAAAGAGAAAUAAUGUCACGAAUGGCACAGCCAUUUUAAAUGCAAAUGCACCUGCGUGUUUGUUGUUGCAUUUGUAUCAAUUGCAAGUGUAUGCGUGCUACUUAUAUUUUGUAUAAAACAUUCGACAAUGAUUUUAUAAUUCCGAUGGUUUGUUUGAAGCAUGACAUAUUUCGUAAAGAUCAUAACACUAAAUAUUGUUUGUUUUAAUUUUCUUCUAUAUUUUAUUUAAUAUAUUGUGUCUUACCAUGUUACUUUGGCUAGCUUAUUAUGACAUUGAAAUCAUGAGUCGCUGGUAAUUUUAACAUUAUUAUGUUUUAAUAUCCCUGUACAUCGUAUGGUAUAUACUGUAUAUCACGUGACGUGACUUUCCAACGUUAAAUAAUCAUCUACCAACCCAUGCCUUAUAUUAAUGUGGGAUGAAGUUGGAACUUAAUAUUACCCGAUCAGGUUCUAAUUUUUAAAAUGCUAAGCAAAUGGGGCUAAACAUAGUAACAAAAGGUCUUCCGAAAUUUCUCCUUAGUCUCAUACUCGGAUAGGCGCUUAAAAACAUGUUUAAAAUUACAAAAAAAGUUGAAAAGCCCUUAUAACAUCGACACAUACGAUCUAUUUGUCGUUCUAACAUGUGCAAAUAAAUAUGGUUGACUUUCGUAGUAUAUUAAAUAUAACCCGCCUCGAAGAGUAAUGUCAAUUUGGGCCUAUGUAGACAUCUCUAUAUCCCUUAACUGCGUAUGAUAUUUAUAUAUAGUGUGUAUGUCAUUUUGUUCAAAAUACUGUCAUAUUUUAUCGAUACUGUUAUUUAAAAUAAAUUCAAACGAAACACCUCACAAUGGUUUGGGUACCUAAUAUAGAGUCGUAACGCCAUUCACGUUACUCAGUUGGAAAGAAACGUCAUGGGACAACUGGUGUAUAAACAGAAAUAAUAAAAUGUUUAUGGAAUUAUCUGCUUAUAUGCAGUAUAUGUUGUUUUCAUUAUGCAGUUUUAUUGUUAUAUUUGAAAAUGAUCAUUUGCUUCAUUUAUCUCUUAUGGCAGAACUAUUAUAUUUUCUCUGAUCUGAUUGAGAUUUUGGAAGAUUCGAACAAUAUAACAGCAUUAGACGUGUAUUUACAUCUGUUAAUCUUGUUAUUUAUAUGACAAUUGGCCGAAUUAACAAGAUGAAUAAUUUCGUUUUUUAACACGAAUACCUAACCUAAUUGAGCUUUUUAAAUGAGUUUCCUUUUCUAUAACACAAUACAUCUGCACCAUUAUUGAACUGUUCGUUGAUUAUCAAAUAUUAAUACGCGUUUUGUAUGAAUGUAAACGAGACUAUACAUUUUAGCUCGACUAUUAUAUAUGAAAUAUAUAUAGUGGAGCUAUCCUACUCACCCCGGCGUCGGCGUGAGCGUUGGAAUGUAAAGGUUUGUCCCUUGACAUAUUGCUUUAAUAUUUUGCAUUCUUCUUUACCUACAUGACCCCAAUCUAUAAACAAGAGCAGACAACUGUAUCAAGCAUUUUGUAAGAAUUAUGACCCUUUUUUCACUAAGAAUAUGCAUAUUAUUUAUAAAUCUAUGUUAAAGUGUGCGUACCACCACAAAUAUUUAUGUCCCUUGAUAUAUUGCUUCCAUAUUUUGCAUACUUUUUUACCAACAUGACCCCAAUUUAUAAACAAGAGCAGACAACUGUAACAAGCAUUUCGUAAGAAUUAUGACCCGUUUCCCACUAAGAAUAUGCAUAUUAUUGAUAAAUCUAUGUUAAAGUUUGCGUACUACUUCAAAUAUUUUUAUGUCCCUUGACACAUUGCUUUCAUAUUUUGCAUACUUCUUAACAAACAUGACCCCAGUCUAUAAACAAGAGCAGCAACUGUAUCAAGCAUUUUGUAAGAAUUAUGUUUCUUUUUUAUACUUAGAAAAUUGACAAUUUGGUUAAGUUUUGUGUUUAGGUCCACUUUAUUCCUAAAGUAUCAAAGCUAUUGCUUUCAUACUUGCAACACUUACUUGCUAUAAUAAGGGGACUGUGCAGGCAAAGUUAUGUAACUCUGACUGGCACUUUGACAGAAUUAUGGCCCCUUUUAUAUUUAGAAAAUUUAAAAUUUGGUUCAGUUUUUUGUUUUGGUUCACUUUACUCCUAAAGUAUCAUAGCUAUUGCUUUCAGAAUUGGAACACUCGCUAAUUAUCAUAAGGGGACUGUACAAGAAAAGUUGCAUAACUCUGGUUGGUAUUUUGACGGAAUUAUGGCCCUUUUUUGACUUGGUAACUUUGAUUAUUUGGUUAAAUUUGGUUAAAUUUUGUAUUUAUAUCCACUUAACUUCUAAAGUAUCAAGGCUAUUGCUUUUUAAGCUUCAAAUACUUUCUUAUUAUCAUGAUGGUACUGUACCUGACAAGUUAAAUUUGACCUUGACCUUUUAAUAACCUUGACUCUUAAGGUCAAAUUAUUAAAUUUUGCUAAAAUUACCAUUACUUCUCUAUUUAUGAUCAGAUUUGAUUCAUACUUUGACAAAACAACAUUUACCUUACAUACCGCAUUGGACUUCACUAAAAUUAACACCCACGCCCCACCCCAGAAUCGACCCCUAAAUAAAUGACCACCCGCCCACAUUAUUCCCCCCCCCCCUCUCCACCCCACCCCACACCCACCUAAAAAGAAUUUGUUGUGCCUCCCGGAUUGAAUGAUCGGGAGUAUAUUGUUUUUGGACUGUGUGUCUGUCAUUGUAUGUGUGUGUCCCAAAACUUUAACCUUGAUCAUAACUUUUUCAGUAUUGAAGAUAGCAACUUGAUACUUGGCAUGCAUGUGUAUCUCACCGAUCUGCACAUUUUGCGUAGUGAAAGGUCAAGGUCAUCCUUCAAGGUCAAAGGUCAAAUAUAUGGCUCCAAAGCGCAGUAGGGGGAUUGUGUUUCACAAACACAGCUCUUGUUUUUUGAAACAUGGUACAAAAAAAUAUUUAUUUUUAUUAUUUUAUUUUUGAAAUACCGUCUAACCAUCCCAACUAUAUUUUAUUUUUCAGAAAUAUGAUUGCAAUUUUUAUUCAUAUUCUGUCUAAAAAUGAGGUUUUCACGAACUGUGGACAAGAAUCAUAUUGUCAGUUUUUGGAAAUAUGGAAAUUCAGCAACUACAAACUUUAGCAUUAAAACUCACGUACCUUAUUAUUAUUAUCUUAUUAGUUUGUUUUAUAUCUUUACAAAGUUCAAUAGAUUGUGGAAAAUAUACCUCUAUCAAUGUAAAACUUCUUUAAAACAUAAGCGAUCAAUAUGUUUCAAUAAUGGUCCUCUUUCAGUUAGAAUAUGACUAUAUUACCUUGACCUUAUUGAAUAUGAACAAUUUCCCCAUGAUGGCUUACGUUAUACUUUCAAGCACGUAAAAUAGUCGAGCGCGCUGUCUUCUGGCAGACCUUGUAUAUACGUAUAUUAGUAAAGUUUCAGCUUUAUUAGUAUCGUAUUUAUGCUUCAUUAAUAAAAAGUACGGUAACUGA